GCGGGAGGCAGAUGGGCCGGGAUGCAACCGCAGCCCUCGCCGUGAGAACAGGGGGCCUCGUCGCCGCCUUCCCCGGAGCGUGAGGCAGCGAGGAGGGGCGGCCAGAGGACAGAGACCUUUGCCGGGAUGGGACGCGCCGCCGCCGUGAGCGCCUAGCUCGCUCGCCGUGCCCCGGCCAGCCCGCAGGGCCCGCGCUGACUGACACCGCUGUGGGCGCGUCUGGAUAUGUUCCCUUCCCAACCGGGCGCUUUCUUCGAUGUCGUGAAGCUGCGUGGGAAAUAGCCCGGUUCCCAGCGGGGUCGGGAGCGUGCCGCCGUCCUCCCCGGCGGGGGAGAUGCCGCGGGGCUGGGAGGCAGAGCCAGGCGCUUCCCCCGUGUCCGCUGAGCGCUGCCGGCUCCCGAGGCAUGAAGGCAGGCGGCUGUAAUGGAGUAAGAGCGAAGACGGCUCCUCUCAUCUGCCAUUUGCCCUUCCAGACGGGAUUGUAAACCAAGAGAGUUAAGGAAGGCUGUGCGAAAGCAAGAGGAAUUUCGUCUCUUCGGGAUUUAGCUUUUUUUUUUUUUUUUAAACCCCCCUUUUUUUUUCUGCUGGCGGCUCGAACCGUGGCUUGCCCAGGUAUGCCUGCCUCACUGCAGCACCUUGAGCUGGUGCUCCUGCUCUCCAGUGCCACCCUACUGCUCGGCACUGCGGCUGCUACCCAGAGUGAGGAGCGGCUGUGUGCCUUUAAAGACCCCUAUCAGCAGGACCAUGGAAUCAGUGAGAGCCGAAUCUCCCAGGAGAAUGGCACAAUUUUGUGCAUGAAAGGUAGUACCUGCUAUGGACUUUGGGAAAAAACAAGAGAAGGAGACAUACAUCUUGUAAAACAAGGUUGCUGGUCUCAUAUAGGAGACCCACAGGAGUGUCACUUUGAGGAGUGUAUAGUUACAACCACCCCUUCCUUGAUUCAGAAUGGAACAUACCGCUUCUGCUGCUGUAGUACAGACUUGUGUAAUGUCAACUUCACAGAAAACUUCCCACCUCCUGACCCCACUGAUACAACACCUUACAAUUCUUCUCAUUCUUUUCAUCGAGAUGAGACCAUCGUUAUUGCCCUGGCAUCUGUGUCUGUACUGGCUGUUCUCAUAGCUGCUCUGUUCUUUGGAUACAGGAUGCUUGCAGGAGACCGUAAACAAGGUUUGCACAGUAUGAACAUGAUGGAGGCAGCAGCAUCAGAGCCCUCAUUGGAUCUGGAUAAUCUAAAGUUGUUAGAGCUGAUUGGCCGGGGGCGGUACGGAGCAGUGUAUAAAGGUUCCCUAGAUGAACGCCCAGUUGCUGUGAAAGUCUUUUCUUUUGCCAAUCGUCAGAACUUUGUCAAUGAGAGGAACAUUUACAGGAUUCCACUGAUGGAGCACGAGAACAUCGCCCGCUUCAUUGUGGGGGAUGAGAGGUUCACUGCAGACGGCCGGAUGGAAUAUUUAUUGGUGAUGGAAUAUUACCCCAAUGGUUCUUUGUGCAAAUAUUUGAGUCUCCACACAAGUGACUGGGUCAGCUCCUGUCGUUUGGCUCACUCGAUAACGCGGGGCUUGGCGUACCUGCACACGGAGCUGCCUCGAGGAGAGCAUUACAAACCUGCAAUAUCGCAUCGUGACUUGAACAGCCGCAACGUGCUGGUGAAGAACGAUGGCACGUGUGUCAUCAGUGACUUUGGGCUCUCCAUGAAGCUGACUGGGAACAGGCUGGUACGACCUGGUGAGGAAGACAAUGCAGCCAUUAGUGAGGUCGGUACGAUCCGCUACAUGGCCCCAGAAGUGCUUGAAGGAGCAGUGAACUUGAGGGACUGUGAAUCUGCCUUGAAACAAGUAGAUAUGUAUGCUCUGGGCCUGAUCUACUGGGAGAUAUUCAUGAGAUGUACAGACCUCUUCCCAGGGGAAUCUGUGCCAGAGUACCAGAUGGCUUUCCAGACUGAAGUCGGAAACCAUCCCACUUUUGAAGAUAUGCAAGUCUUGGUGUCUAGAGAGAAGCAAAGACCAAAAUUCCCUGAAGCAUGGAAGGAGAACAGCCUGGCUGUGAGGUCACUUAAAGAGACUAUUGAAGACUGUUGGGAUCAAGAUGCAGAAGCUCGACUAACAGCACAGUGUGCUGAGGAGAGAAUGGCAGAGCUCAUGAUGAUUUGGGAGAGAAAUAAAUCAGUUAGUCCAACAGUCAAUCCUAUGUCAACUGCCAUGCAAAAUGAGAGGAAUCUGUCGCAUCACAGACGUGUAUCAAAGAUAAGGCCAUAUCCAGAUUAUUCUUCCUCUUCCUACAUUGAAGAUUCAAUCCACCACACUGACAGCAUAGUAAAGAACAUUUCUUCUGAACAUUCAAUGUCCACUACACCAUUGACUUCAGGGGAAAAGAAUAGAAAUUCCAUUAACUACGAGCGGCAGCAAGCACAAGCUCGCAUCCCCAGUCCCGAGACAAGUGUCACCACUUUAUCCACCACCAAUACAGCUGGCCUCACUCCCAGCACCGGCAUGACCACCAUCUCCGAAAUGCCUUACUCGGAUGAAACAAACUUACACACUACAAAUGUCAUGCAGCCGGGUGGGCCCACCCCUGUUUGUCUGCAGCUAACAGAGGAGGACUUGGAGACAAAUAAAUUGGAUCCAAAAGAAGUGGAUAAGAACCUGAAAGAAAGCUCUGAUGAGAAUCUGAUGGAACAUUCACUUAAGCAGUUUAGUGGGCCAGAUCCGCUGAGCAGCACUAGUUCCAGCUUGCUUUACCCACUGAUAAAACUUGCAGUAGAGGUGACAGGGCAGCAGGACUUCACACAAGCUACCAACGGUCAGGCGUGUUUGAUCCCGGAUGUCCCAGCUGCUCAGGUCUAUCCUCUACCCAAGCAGCAGAACCUACCGAAGAGGCCUACUAGCCUCCCUCUAAACACCAAAAAUUCAACCAAGGAGCCACGGUUAAAAUUCGGUGGCAAGCACAAAUCAAACUUGAAGCAGGUGGAAACGGGCGUAGCCAAGAUGAACACUAUCAAUGCUGCAGAGCCCCACGUGGUGACGGUGACCAUGAACGGAGUGGCCGGCAGGAGCCACGGCAUGAACUCUCACACUGGCACAGCCCAGUACGCCAACGGCACGGUGCCCUCUGGCCAGAGCAGCGGCUCGGUGGCGCAGAGGGCCCAGGAAAUGCUUCAGAACCAGUUCAGUGGCGAGGACAGUCGGCUGAAUAUCAACUCCAGUCCCGACGAGCACGAGCCCUUGCUGAGGCGGGAGCAGCAGGUCGGCCACGAUGAAGGUGUCCUGGACCGCCUGGUGGACAGGAGGGAGCGGCCGCUGGACAACGGGCGAACGAACGCCAACAACAACAACAGUAAUCCCUGUCCAGACACUGCUGCGGCCAGCAUCCAGAGUGUAGUGAGAAAUCCUGGGCAGACCCAGAGCAGAAGAGCACAGAGGCCUAAUUCGCUGGAUCUGUCAGCCACAAGUAGUUUGGAUAGCAGUAGUAUGCAGUUAGGUGACUCCUCACAGGAUGGCAAAUCAGGCUCAGGAGAGAAGAUCAAGAAACGUGUGAAAACCCCGUACUCGCUCAAGCGGUGGCGUCCAUCCACGUGGGUCAUCUCCACGGAGCCGCUGCACUGCGAGGUCAACAACAACGGCGGCGAGCAGGCAGUGCCCCCCAAAUCCAGCACUGCUGUGUACCUUGCAGAGGGGGGCACUGCCACCACCAUGGUCUCCAAGGACGCAGGGGUGAACUGCCUGUGAAGCGCUUCAAAAGCCCACCUUUGUUUUGCGUUAUUUGAAACAAACGUGCAGAAGACAUUUUAAAAAACUGCUUUCUCCUCCUGUCAGCAACCCCUACCAAGGACUCGCUUUAAAUAGAUUUCAGCUAUGCAGAAAAUUUUUAGCUUAUGCUUCCAUAUUUUUUAUUUUGUUUUAUUUUUUGAACGUUUUUGCACUUUUAUUUAGUAUCGCUAAAGUUAAGUCUGUCUGUUUUGACCACGGAAUAUAUAUAUGUGUAUCAAAGAUGUGGUCUCAAAAUAUUUUUUUAAAAAAAAGUAACAAAAAAAAGUAUUGCUGAUAAUCAGUUUGGACCAGUUUCUUAAGGUCACUAAGAACAUAAGCAGACUAUAAGACAGGUUUGACUGCAGUGGUGUCUUGUAACCAUGUUUUGAUUUCUGUGCACAAGCUAGUCUGUAUAUUUCUAUGUUACAAAGUGUAUUCUCUUUUGAACCCCUUAUUUUCCUUGUGUCAUGUUGAAAUGUGCAAUAGUCUAUAGUUCAUAGUAGGCUUUAUUGAAAAGUGUGUUUCUAAAACUGCCACAUGUUCCCAUUUUUGUAUUUGUUAAUUUUUCCUUGACAGUUGAGCAGUCAGCCGGUCAUGACAGUGAACUUUGCACAUUGUAGCCAGCUUGAAGCAGCUGCCAUUAUCACAUUGUGCUCAGAGGUGACAAUGCAUGAAUUUUCCCCAACUUGAAAGGGCUUUAAAAAAGGAACAAAAAAAAAAAAAAACCAAUCUGAGCUCUGUACCUUUCUUUUGAUCCUCCCUAAUCAAAAUGUGUUUCCUUUAUAGUAGUAGAUGCCAGCCUGUGAAGCUAAGUAACAAAAUGUUGAACAAAUGUAAGGAGACAGUGUCAGCCAUUUUUCCAUUUUAUUUUGUGUGGAGUUUCACCCCCUGUAUUUAUGUAAAACCUUAUUUAGAUCACUAAUGAUGUACAUUGAAAAAUACAUUUUAUUCAGAAAUAUUAGUAAUUGUCAUACUUUAAAAGCUUGAGUGAAGAUAGGUUGUGAACGUAUUUUGUUUACACAGAGAAAAAAACCAUCGAUCUUACUUGGCACAAAACAGUUUGGUGAUGAGUCACAAGUCUUUCCUGAUUUACCUCCUUACAGACAGGAAGGAGUAAAAAUGAGCCUGAUUCCUUAUGCAGGUAGGUGCAUCCUAAUUGAUUGUUGUUGCCAAGUUGAGUUGAAACUCGUCCUCCCUCCAGAGUUCUUAGAGGCCCUCAUUCAUCUUGUUAAGGUUUAUUGCAUGCUUUUAAAAGUCAUGGGUGUUUGUGGGGGAGGGUUGGGGAUUUUUUUUCCCCUCUGCUUAGUCCCUUCUUUCAGUUGAUAUGCACAUUGAUUUUAGCUGUCAGUGAAUGUGAAUGUAAUAUGUAUUGAGAUAAAUAGCUUAUUCACUAUCUCAAGUAAACCCUUCCUUUUUUUGGAAUGAUUGGUUUUACUGUCCACUGAAAGAAAAUAAUUUUCUUAUUAGUUAGAACCUCCUUCCACCUAAGAAACAGCCUUCCACCUGAGAAUUCUUUCCAAUUGAAAACCCUUCAGUAAAAACUAUUUGGAAAUAAAAAGAUGUAUCACAUCAGUCUUUGGUAACAAGCAAAGAUUUAUCACUUCAUCUGAAAACUGGUGAUGUUCAAAGAAAGAAAAUCAAUUCAGUCAGCCUGCCAGACUCCUGUGGCAGGAUACUGGCAGCAAACAAUUGCCUCCCCCAGCCUGUCUCCUUUCAGCUGACUGAAGCAGAUGCUCUCUGCUUUUAAGCUCAUUUGUUUCCUUGCCAUUUUACCAUUUUUUCCCCCUGAGGUAAACUUUGCCAACCCUGUUCUUCUCUAUCUGCUGAUACAGCUAAUCUAAUACAUGCCUUGCUUACAUCUGAUUGAUUCUUGCUGUUGCCGAAAAUUCCUUGCUUGUUCUUGAUUGCUAUGAUUUUCUCUUGUAACACUUCUUUACAUUUCUUAGAUUCUCCUAGAUAUCUCCAAGAGAUAGCACUAUAAAUGCAGACUUUGAGUAAGUGUAGUUGUAGAAGUACAAGCCACAAGGCACAUUUUGAGCUCCCUAUGUUCUUUAAGCACCAGUUCAAAUAGUACCUCUCGUCUCUGAGGCAUAAUUAUGCUUUCCCCCUGUAUAAUGCACUUAUAUCACCCCUUUUUAAAAACACAGCCUUCUUCUAGUUUGACUUUUAAUUCACUCUCUGGCUUCCCAUCUGCUGCAGUCUCACGUCCCAGAUGUUGAAAACCUGCCAGUUGCCCAGCUGGGUUUCAAGACCUGAAUCAGAAUUUCUGGCAUUCUAUUCAUAUUGCUCACUGGGUUCUCUUCUCCUCUGGCCUCCUGUGAGUCUCCAUUUGGGGUGCUUGGUGGUGUUUUUUGGGGAGCACUGAUCGUGGUCUUGAGGAUUCUUCACUCCUAUCCCAAUGACUUUUCUUUGCCUUGCAUGUAUCAUCCAUCAGCAUUUCAGAAUGUGGGCUGAAAACAAUAUUUAGGACUCUUACUAAAUCAGACUGUUCUGGGGAGAGAAAAAUUACUUCUCUGACUGCUGCUUCCUUCUGCUGAGACAGAAUUGCACCAGUCUUUUAGCCUUUCUUUGCAGGCCAUGCCUUUGUAAGAAAUCCAACUUUUUUGUGAUCAAUGCAAUCAAAAUAACUUUAAUACCAGAUCAAGAUGUUGUUCUGCAGAUUUCCUUCAACAUUCGUAAACAAUACUUUUUUUCUUUCCUUUGUCUAUUUCUGUUACUUGCUGGAGGGUGUUUGGAAUAAAUUAUAAUUAGUAGCAAGAUUGGCUGUGCAAUCUACCAUGGAUAAAUGUAAUUUGUAAAAUGAUAGAAAAAUGUACUUUAUCAGGAAAUGUAGAUUAAACAGAUAAAAUCUGUUCUUUUUUGAAAGGUCAGUCAAAGCAAACUCUAAAGUAGGUCCCAAAAUACUGUAAUUCUGCACAGCUAGAUUAAAUCAGGUUAGAAGUUUGGGUUUAAUGUUUAAUUUAGUAAUGCCAUUUUUUUCCUCACACCACAUAAUCCAGUGUCCAUAGAAUACUAUCUCUGUAAGUUAAAUGAAAUUGAAUUUUCCUGCUGCAGGGAAUCGUCCUUAACCAAACAAAAUACAUGUAAGAGAAAGAAUUCUACAAAUCAAACAUGGGGAUGGUUGUUAUUGUACAAUAAACAAGGAAACCAAAUGUGAUUCAUUUCCUUGUGAGUUAUGAUUUUGCUUAUUUGAUUUUCAAAAAAAGGAAAAUUAUGAAAGUUGAUAAUUUUCCAUCAAUUUCUCAUGUAUAUUGCAGGCAAGAUAAAUACA